UGAAUAGUGAGAGUGGAACCUUACAAAAAAAACUGUGACCAUGCAUGAGCCAUCCCCACUUCCGACUUCCAGCCUUAAACCCUAAGCCGCCAUUUAUCUAUCCACUAAAGUCCUAACUGAACCCAGUCGAAGAUGAAUUCGGAGGUUCUAAAUUCCACCACCAGCCCAGAUCUGGAGAAGCGCGCAACUAAGAUAAUGUUUGAAUGCAAAGACGACAAGAAGUUGCAGCAGCAGCGGCCGUACAAGGACGAGGCUCUAACAGAGAGCUCGAAUGUAGAGGUUGAGGAGGACACGGCCAUGUGUGACCCCUUAGCCGACGAGGACUACAUGUCCGCCGAGGAUAAGACCAGCGCCGAUUAUUAUUUCGACUCUUACUCCCACUUUGGUAGUUUCUAUUCACGUGUUGCCCUUUUGUUACUCAUUUCUCAGUUUCUUUUAAACUCUCGUUUUAUUUAUUUCUUCACAUUUAUGUGUCUUUGGGAAGGAAGAACCGAAGAAGUAUACUGAAGUUUACCUUAAAUGUUUUCUUUUGUGUCAACAAAAUAUACUAUGCCCUACAUCUGUUAAGUAAUCUUGUAAAUUUUUAUCUUUUAGCAGUCAAAGUUAUAUACUUGCAGAAAGGUUUGCCCUUUGUUGAUUUCUUGUGGUGUCUGUUAGUGGACAAAGCAGAUGCAGUAUAACUAUGAUCAACGUAUAUAGGGAUAGCUAUCAGACAAGCUAACUAGAUCAAAUAGUUAGUUUAGUCUCUGAACUCCAAAAAGCACUAAUUGAACCCUUCAACCCCCAAAAUAUGGUGCAAUUUCCUUUUUUACUGUUUUCCAACAGGCACAAACCCUAUUUCUUUAAUGUCUUGAUCCUUAUUUGGCACUGAACCAGUCCUUAAAGUCAGAGUUUAUAACUCGAUGCUAAAUUAUUACUCCCAAGUCCCAAUUAAUUAUGAUAGUAAUGAUAUACUGUAAUUAGUAUAUGUACUUCAUCCCCAAUGGUUUUAUUUCCCAUAGGAAAUAUUAUAAACUACACUGCCUUGAGACCAUUUUUGGUAGGUGCGUGACGGCCGACAAUAUAACUUAGUUACAUCACAUUACAUAAACUGGAAUAUGAAUGCUGCAAUUUCAUAUAUCUAUUCAUGUUAGACCACGUCAAACUCUUUUGGGACUAAGGUUUGAAUGUUGUUGUUGUAGAAAAGAUUAUAAACAAUAGUGUAUGUGUGUAUAUCUACAUGUGUACAUAUAUGUGUGGGGCAGGGGUCAAGAGGGGGAUUACUCAUGAAUGAGUAUAAGAGUGUUAAGUUCCCAAUAGAUGACCAUAGUAGUUUUAAACCAUUUGUAUGACUAAAAAGGAUUUAAAAUACCCGUGUAAAAGUGUUGUCAAUGAAAAACAAAGACAUGUGUAUAAAUUUAAAACUCUCACAUGGCAUGCAUACAUCAAUUCACCAUCAUAUUAGGAAAAGUGAUAAUGGUCAUAUAUGUUGAGAAAUUGGGAAUCUUUUUGUCAUAUACUCCCCUUGUCCCUUAAAACUUGGUCAAGUUUGACCAGCACGGGGAUUAAUAAAGUAAGAACUGUGUGGCUGAGGUUUGUGCAGAGGAGAACAAAUUCACUAGAAUCACAAAUUCUUUACUUAAAAGGGAAAGUGGCAAAGUUAGUGGGACAACCAAAAAAGGAAAGUUGUCAAAGUUUUAAGGGACGGAUGUAGUAUGUGAUAAUUUUCUCAUAUAUAUAUGUAUGUAUAUGUUGCACUGUUCAAUGUUUUUGGAACAUAACAUAUAUCGUAGACUCCGCAUCAGCUUUUGUUGUUCAAUUAUAGGCUUUGCUGAUGACGAUAUUCAUAUUUUAUUACAUAUCAUCCCUCGCUAAUAAUAUGAUGCCAUAUGGUUUGAGGUUUUACCAGCAAAGUAACAAUGAUGAAUCGCUUCUUUGCAUCAUGCUAUUCAACUUAAUUCAUUCUUGUUUGAAGGACUAAUGAUGGUUCCUCUUCUACUUGUUGUUUGCUUUUUGGCAGGGAUUCAUGAAGUAAGUAAUCAUCAUUGGGCAUCGAUUAUAUAAUGUGCUGUGGUUUGUGAAAUUGGUACUAUCAUCUUCGUUUUUUCUAAUGGUUGGGGUGUAGUGUGGGCAUAUUCAUUCAAUGAAUGCACAUGUCUUGGUCAGCAGUGUACUUCGAAAACCAAGCAGUGAUGAUUGUAAAAUUAAUACAGAAAAACAUUUUUAUUAAUUUCUCCAGCCCUUUUUAUUGGCAUCAUUUAAUUGACUUUCCCUUUAAUAUCUGUGCUUACUCUCUUAGUAACUUUUUUAUUACUCCGUAUUAUUCAAGGAAAUGUUGAAGGAUGUAGUGAGAACCAAAACAUACCAAAAUGUCAUCGAUAAGAAUCCAUUUCUGUUCAAAGACAAAGUGGUCCUUGAUGUGGGUGCUGGGACUGGGAUCCUUUCUCUGUUUUGUGCAAAAGUUGGUGCUAAACACAUUUAUGCGGUUGAAUGCUCUAGCAUGGCUGGCAUGGCACAAGAAAUUGUGAAGUUAAAUGGUUUCUCUGAUGUAAUAACUGUUAUCAAGGGAAAGAUUGAAGAAAUUGAACUUCCUGUUGCUCAAGUGGAUAUAAUAAUCUCUGAGUGGAUGGGAUAUUUUCUUCUAUAUGAGAACAUGUUAAAUACAGUACUCUAUGCCCGCAAUAAGUGGCUUGUAAAAGAUGGGCUUGUGCUUCCAGAUAAGGCUUCUCUGUAUUUGACGGCUAUUGAAGAUGCUGACUACAAAGAGGACAAGAUUGAAUUUUGGAACAGUGUGUAUGGUUUUGAUAUGAGUUGCAUAAGGAAGCAGGCAAUAUCAGAACCUCUUGUUGACACAGUAGAUAAGAAUCAAAUUGUAACAAACUGCCAGUUACUCAAGACGAUGGACAUCUCUAAGAUGGGUGCAGGAGAUGAAUCCUUCACUGCUCCGUUUAAGCUCGUUGCGGAGCGCGAUGAUUACAUACAUGCACUUGUAGCAUAUUUUGAUGUAUCAUUCACCAAGUGUCAUAAGUUAAUGGGCUUUUCUACAGGGCCAAAGUCACGAACCACACAUUGGAAGCAAACAGUUCUCUACCUGGAGGAUGUCCUAACCAUAUGCCAAGGGGAGACCAUUGUCGGAAACAUGGCGGUUACACAGAACAAGAAAAAUCAUCGGGAUCUAGAUAUAACCAUCAACUACUCUCUACAAGGAAAGCGUUGCCUUGUAUCAAGAACUCAACAUUACAAGAUGCGGUGAUGCCACCUUUUGUCAUGUGUCAUGUUGUUAGGUGAGCUGCUCAUCAUCUUUUGAUGCAGCUAUCUCUUAUCUAAUACUCUCUUCAUUUCCUUUAAAUUGUCUUUGUAAUGUGUUUUUUCUCCUCUAGCCGUGCACUGAGUGUUUGUACUUUGUUGUGGUUAUUCUAGCUGAAAUGGCAGAGUUCUAAAUCUAAUACAAUUGUUGAGACACAACAUACUUUGAUCUUCAUUCCUGGUGAUUUUGCACUAAUUUUUAUCAAAAUUUUGUGCUUUAUGUGCUCAACAUUGGUGAUAAAAGUUCACAAUGCA